AUGACAGUACACUCUGGCCAACAAGCUAGCCCUGUGGAAACAUCCUCAGACUCCUUCAAUCGAGUUCUCCUUUUCUUCAAACAGUCCAUAGAUGACCUUUCCACCAUUACUCCACCCCCUGCUGGUUCGCCUCUGCCUUCUGCCUCUUCAAGGCGUAGGAACCGCCACCGGGGAAAAAGGGGCACUCCUUCUCCGGCGGUUCUGCCAGUCGCCACCACUCCUUCUCCGGUGGUUCAGCCUGACACCUCCAUCCUCCCUGAAGUCCACCCAGCAGUAAGCAGUCCACAUCCUCGCCAGUCAGAACCCAUUGUCAAACCUGUUAGCUUAGCGCCCGAACCCACUAGCACAUCACUUAACCUUUUGCCAGAAUCAGCCAGCAAACCCAUUAGCCCAGCUCCUAAGAACCCCCGGCAUAAGAAACGGCGUCGCUGUGAGUCCGCUCUGAGCCGUCUAGAGACCCCUGAACUAGCUCUGAGCUGUCUAGAGACCCCUGAGCCAGUUCUGAGCCAUCUAAAGACUCCUGAGCCAGCCCUGAGCCGUUUUGAGACCUCUCUACAGGCGCUCCUGACCGCCAAGAGUCCUCUGCAAGCAUCACAAGCCACUACAGAGAAUGAACCUUUGCCGCCAUGGGCGGUUUCUUCCAUGCUGGAUUUGGAGCCACAGUCGGUGCUCUCCUCUGUUCCAGAUGUGGAGCCACAGAGAACCAAGCCUCAGACCUCAGCCUGCCGUCUGCCUUUGAACCUUCAUGGCUUCCCCCUUCGGCCUGCUCAGCUCAAGCCUCAGACCUCAGCCUGUCGUCUGCUACUAAACCCACAUCUGGAGGUCAUCAAGCCUCAGCCAAGCCAAACCACCUUCGAGCACUCAGUCUGUCGCCAACCUCUGGAGCCUCCUCGGAUUAUUCACCUCGGCUGCUCUGCUCAGUUCCUGGUCAGCAAUCCAGCUGAGACCAGCCCUUGA